GCAGCCGUCGCCGUGCCGCCGCCGCUCUCUAACGCCAGCGCCGCCUCUCGCUUGCCGAGCUCCAGUCGAGGGAGAAGGGGGGUAAGUAAAGAGGUGCCCUUACCAUGGCUCGUACAAAGCAGACUGCCCGCAAAUCCACCGGUGGCAAAGCACCCAGGAAACAACUGGCUACAAAAGCCGCUCGCAAGAGUGCGCCCUCUACUGGAGGGGUGAAGAAACCUCAUCGUUACAGGCCUGGUACUGUGGCACUCCGUGAAAUCAGACGCUAUCAGAAGUCCACUGAACUUCUCAUUCGCAAGCUCCCCUUCCAGCGUCUGGUGCGAGAAAUUGCUCAGGACUUCAAAACAGAUCUGCGCUUCCAGAGUGCAGCUAUUGGUGCUUUGCAGGAGGCAAGUGAGGCCUAUCUGGUUGGCCUUUUUGAAGACACCAACCUGUGUGCUAUCCAUGCCAAACGUGUAACAAUUAUGCCAAAAGAUAUCCAGCUAGCACGCCGCAUACGCGGAGAGCGUGCUUAAGAGUCCACUAUGAGGGGAAACAUUUCAUUCUCAAAAAAAUUUU